GCCAGUAUUAGUGGCGUUUCUCAUUCUUGACUAACCAAACAACACAGAACACACAGUGAGAUGUGGCGAACAACAUCCAUAACCAGUACUCCGGCGUUUCUUUUUCAUCAUGCUGACACAGAACGCGCACAUUUGGGGUUGUGUUGAUGCUUGAUAUUAUUUGGUGACCCGCAAUCUCUCCGCUCUCUUGCAUAUCUGUGAACAAAUGUGCAUUUUUUGCACGUGUUAGAUACAGAUUGUUUGACGCGCACUGGAUCUAUGAUAGAAGUUAGGAACAGGCGGUGCUUUUUAACUUGUUGCGCGUUGAUGCAAGUGUCCUCUUGCGCAAGAGAAUGAUUCAUGAGCCAGUUAUUAUACAUAUAAUUUGUUCUUCGAGCUGUGUGACUGGCAAAAGUCGCUUUAGGAUGGGCUCAAGCAACGAGAUCCAUUCUCAAUCUGCCGUACAGCCUGCGCAAUUAAGUUAAAUUGGACUACCGGAGCUACCCACAGACCCAUAUCAAGAGUUGGAUGUGGAUGUUCUUGGGUCCAAAUACAGAGUAAAAUAAUACUGAUUUCCCGACCAACUAAUCUUGGAGAUGUCGGAGUCUUACGAGGACGGGGUGUGCGGGGAUGGAGCUCCGGACUUCAUCCCACCGAGAGCGAUUCGAUCAGGCCGGCGGAGUGGACUCAGCGUGCCGCUGGUGGAGCGCGAUGAGACGGCUCUCCUGGAGUCGGUGAAAGCGGCGCCGAGGAGGAGCAGCAUCAUUAAGGAUCCUUCAGUUGCCAAGGUCAGUGGAGGGAGAAAGAAAACUGUUUCCUUCAGCAGUAUGCCAUCAGAAAAGAAGGUGAGCAGUGCUGCAGAUUGCCUUGCCUUCAUGCAGGGUGGCUGCGAGCUAAAGAAGGUGCGACCCAACUCGCGCAUCUACUCAAGAUUCUACACUCUGGAUCCUGAACUGGCCUGCCUCCGUUGGGAACCCUCCAAGAAAGACGGUGACCGAGCUCGACUUGACAUCUCCGCUAUUCGUGAGGUCCGCACAGGGAAAAGCACAGAGACCUUUCUCCACAAUGGUCCAUUGGAUAACCUUGGUGAAGAAGCAGCCUUCUCCAUCAUUCACGGUGAUGAGUAUCAGUCCCUGGACCUGGUUGCUCUCUCUGCCGAUGUGGCCAACAUCUGGGUGACAGGGUUGCGGUACCUGUUGUCUCACCCUGGUUCCAGUGGUGGAGGGGAUGGAGGGGUGGGAGAAGGCAGUACUGGGAGCAAGAUGAGGCAGAACUGGUUGGCGGCAGAGUUUGUUCUCGUUGAUGAAGAUGGACACGGAAUUGUGUCUGAGGACACGGCAGUGGCCACCAUCUGUAAACUCUGCCCUGGCAUUAGGGAAGCAAAGGUGCGAUUGCGCUUUAAGGAGAUUCAGCGGAGCAAAGAGAAGCUAACCUCUCAUGUUACACUGGAAGAAUUCCAGGAGGCCUACUGCGAGUUAUGUACACGACCAGAUGUCUAUUUCCUGCUAGUGCAACUCUCAAAAGACCAAGAGUGCCUUGAUGCCCAAGACCUGCGUCUUUUCCUAGAGACAGAGCAAGGUCUAUCAUUGGCCACCACUGAGGGCUGCUUGGAACUUCUUCGCCGCUUUGAACCCUCUACAGCUGGGCGUGAACGAGGUCUACUGGGCUUGGACGGCUUUACCCGCUACCUACAGUCAGCUGAGUGCCAGUUAUUAGACCCUGAGCACCAGAAUGUGUGCCAGGACAUGAAGAUGCCCCUAUCUCAUUAUUUCAUCAGUGCCUCCUACCGCUCCUACCUGCUGGAUGACCAAGUGCAUGGCCGAGCUGAUCUUGGGGGUCUCAUUCGAGCCCUGCAGGCUGGCUGUCGGUGUCUAGAACUUGGGGUUACCGAUGGGCCAGAAGGGGAGCCAUUAUUGGGUGUAGAGCAUGGUACAGAUGGAAAGCAUCAUCACCAACAUCAUCAUCACCACCACCAUCAUCAUCAUGGUUCUGUUACUCUGCGCAGUGCCCUGGAAGUAGUCAACAAGUAUGCUUUUCUCACCUCCCAGUAUCCUCUGCUGUUGUAUCUAUGCCAGCGUUGCUUACCUUCCCAGCAACGUACUCUUGCACAACACCUAAAAAAAGUUUUUGGACCCAAGCUCUAUACCCCUGAAUCUCUGCCUGUCAGUCUGGGAGGUCGUGCAACCACUUUGCCCUCUCCAGAGCAGCUGAAGGGAAAGGUGCUUCUUGUCGGAAAGAAGCUGCCCCCCGAAGAGGAAGGUUCUGAAGGAGAGGUAUCCGAGGAGGAUGAGGAGAUUGGUGGAGGUGGUCCUCUGGCUGGCAGAAGGAUGACUAUCCCUGGGGAAGAGGAACUAGGGGUGGUCCUCGUUGUUCCCCCACCCCCACAGCCAAGGCGCCUCCGCUUGCGCCGUGAAUUGUCUGAUCUCGUCGCAAUUGCACGUACUGGAAGUCGCAGCUUUUAUGCUCAUCGGACGAGUGCACAGCCAUCCCAACAGCAUUCCCCCCCCUCCACUCCAUCUACACCGGGUACACCUAUGACCCUUGAACCUUCUCACUGGACCCUGUGCUCUCUUGGGGAGGGAGAGGCAGGACGACUGGCCAGUGAGAGCCCAGAAGAGCUGGUGAACUUUACCAAGCGUAAUCUAACUCGUGUGCGGCCCAGCUCUGUAAGGCUAGACUCUAGCAACCCAAACCCACAAGGCUACUGGAAAGGAGGUGUGCAACUGGUGGCACUCAACCAGCAGACACCAGGUGCCAUGCUAGACUUGACCCGUGGCCGUUUUAUGCAGAAUGGUGGGUGUGGGUAUGUUCUUCGUCCAGCAGUCAUGCGAGAGGAGGUUUCUUACUUCAGUGCCCAGUCACAAGGCUGCGUGCCUGGUGUACCACCACAGACACUCAGGGUGAAGGUCAUUAGUGCUCAUAGUCUACCCAAGCCACAAGGCUCUGGUGCCAAAGGUGAGGUCAUUGAUCCAUAUGUGGUGCUGGAGCUGCAUGGAGUGCCUGCAGACUGCACAGAGCAGAGAACUCGCACUGCUGCCCAGAACCAGGAUGACCCACUGUUUGACGAGACCUUCGAAUUCCAGGUGAACAUGCCUGAACUAGCGCUGCUGCGUUUUGUAGUUCUGGAUGAUGAUUAUAUAGGUGACGACUUCAUUGGCCAGUACACCAUCGCUUUUGAGUGUCUACAGCCUGGAUACCGCAAUGUGCCCCUGCUGGGCCUUGCUGGAGACCCUUUGCCCCAUGCCAGCCUGUUUGUCCACAUCGCCAUCACUAACCGCAGAGGUGGGGGAAAGGCUCAGAGACGGGGUCUGUCCGUCAGGAGAGGAGCACGGCGUGGACGAGAGUACGUCACUCUGCGUAACAUGGGAAUCAAAGUGCUGGAUGACACUUUCCGCCCAGCCAGCGGACCUCUGCGAGAGGCUACAGACCUGCGAGAGGAUGCACUGAGCGCCACAGUGGCUUUUAAAGAGCAGUGUGGGCUCCCCCCAAUGGCCACACUGAAGCAGUGCAUCCAGAGCUUAGCCACGAGGCUGCAGAGUCCAGAUGGGUCCCCAAGUGCCACGCUCACUCUGAAGGAAGGUUACCCAUGCCUGGAACCGGUGGGAAACUUGACUGAUGCCACUCGUAAACUGCUAAAUGGUUAUGACAUGAUGAUCUCUGCCAACAAACAGCUGAUAGAAAAUGCAGAUGGAGUGCAUGAGAGAAUCGCACAAGUGCAGAAGGAAGGAAUGGUGUUUCAUGAAGAUCUACCCAGGUUGGGAGAAAAGGAAAAUCUAAAAGGCCGUAAACAAAGUAAAGCUGUGGAAAGUUUCGCUUGGAACAUCACUGUGCUGAAGGGUCAGUGUGACCUCCUGCGUGGUGCUAAGCUAGAUGCUUUGGAUGCGUUGAGGCAGCUGGCUUUGGCCUGUGAGGCGUCCGGCCUGAUCUUGACCUCUGACGGUCACUACACCCCUCACGGUCUGUCCUCCAGACGUGGCAGUAGCCAUGGCAAUGGUCGCAUCUGAGCCCCAGAUACACGCAUAGGCAUUGAGAGAGCAUUUAUUCAUAGGUGAAUGAAUGGUUGAUUGUUGAACAGACAGAAUGACAGGUACAUGUAUAAGUGUCUCAGGUGGACAGAUGCUAGUCAGGACAUUUGUCCUUUAUUAAAGUGGGUGCUUGUUCUAGCUCAGCAUUGACCAGAUGUUAUUUGAGAUCAAAAUAAGGAAUGUUCUUAUCAGGACAUACUGAAUGAAGGACGUAAAAGGAAUUAAAAUGAAUUCCUCAGCGAUAUUAUAUGACUGAUGUCAACAAUGUAGAUUUUGCUGGAUUGAAAAAUGUUCCUGCAAUAUUUAAGAGGACUUUAGUGUUGAACUCCUUGCAGUUCACAGACUAGAAAUGUCCUUUCGAGCAGAAAAAAAAAAAUUAUAGAUCUAAAACUGCAACUAAUGUUGAAUACAGAAGACUCAUUAGUCAUUAGCCCAUAGUUCCUGACAUAACCACCAAAGCAUGAGGUUUAUUUACUCAGGUAAGCACAUCUCAGAAAUGCUUUUAGAAGGUCUUACAUUAGUCUGCAUCAUCUUCAGGGUUGUCUCUUCAUCUGGGCUAUCACUCGAAUUGAUUGACAUGUGAUGCCCACCAGCAGGACAGCACCAUUUCUGCCCCCAAGCCCUAUCCAGUCCAAAGUGUAGGGUAUAUAACUGGUGCCUCUCAGUUGAAGACAACCAAAUCCUCAUCUUCCAGUGACACGGAUCGUCUUCAGCUCAUUAACAAUGCAGAAUGAACUCAAGAAGGCUUUGUUAAAAUACUGCUCAGUGCUCCCUAACUGUGUUAAUUGAACCGGUUACUCAGUGGGACGACAAGUAUCAAUUACACCACAUAUCCAUGUAACACGUACGGAGUUCAGCACCUGGGAUUGGAACAAUGUUACAAAAUAAUGAACUUCAGUUUGGUUGAAAAGUGACUUUAUUUCUAACACACAUUCCUUGGCUUGAUUGGAUGAAGGCUUCCAAUGAGUCCGCUGGCAUGGUCAUCGUCACUUUUUUUGUCGUAACCAAGACAAAAAUGCUACUAAACAUGGCAAGAAUUGCUGCCGGUUGUUUGAUUAAAAAAUAACUAACUAUUAUAAACAGUUUAAGCACUGAGAGGACUAAAGUAAAUAAAAAUCUAAAGUAUGAAAUAUUUUACAACUUUCAUUGUGUAACAUUUGACAGUGUUGUGAUAGACAAGGAAAACAUUGGCAGUGUUUUGUCUACUGCCGUCAAAGACACUUACAAUAGACUAGUUUUUGAAGUUUGCACCUUUUCUUUUCAUGUUAACAGAGUAACAGAAAUUAGAUCUGUGAGACUGGAAAACUAUAUAUAUGUUAUUUUUCUUAUGGUACACAAGUAGAAGUGUUGGUACAUUGUGUGCGUAUGUGAACGAACGUGUGCAAGGGUGCUAAUGUAAAUGUGUGUGAGAAGUUUCAGUGGUACAUGUUUUGAAUGUGACCAGUCUGAUGCCUGAUCGAUUUGGGCAGUUGUUGUUAAACGAAACCCUUACAGUUGGUUGAUGUCAGACAUUUUAUUUUAUAAGACCAAACGAGCAUUUUCACAACAGUGAAUAUGUAGAAAUCUAUAAUGAAUGGGAUGAGAAAAGGAAUAACAUUUCCAGAUAAGGAAAUGUCCUGUUUUAUGUCUUUUACUCUCCUUUUUAACACUUUUACUCUACUUUGUACUGUUCUUUACUGCUUUUAUGUAUUUACUUUUCUCUUCCUUUGUCUGUGCCAUUGUUCUUUUCCUUUUCUCUGUUUUUGACUGAAGGGGGAACAAUUCAUGCCUGUUCUGUCACAGUUUUUGUGCGUGUUCACGUCUGAACUGAAUGUGUACUGAUUCCUAAAGUGUUCCUUAAAGACAAAUUGUUCGCUAAAGAGUGAACAAAAAUGUUUUGUGAAUUAUAGAAGAGAAUUGCAGAUAUUAUAUCUUCAAUUGUCCCCUUUGUAAUGCAUCCGUGCGUUUGUAACGCAUAACCCUUGUUCCUCCGGCCCCUGGACCUGUAACCCAGAGGAUCUGUGUACCUGUAUAGACGCCAAAAUCUAAAUAAUGAAAACCCAUUCACAGUAUUAGCUUUCCGUUUCAGUUGAGAUGGCUCUUGAGACCAAUCAGACAUAUGAAGUAAGUUGUCUCACUUUAGACGGGUACAAUUACUCUUAUGAGCAAUCGGAUACAAAUACAAUGUGUCACUGUCCGUAAGGGGCGAUGACGAGCAAAAUGAACCCCAUUGAGGUGCACUUUAAACUAAAUAGAGCAAUCCAUUUGGACCGGUCUAUUGAUUCCUGCAGUAUUAGGUAGUGGUCAACAUCUCACACGGUGCAAUAUUACUCUGCUGUUUGACGUUAAACAUAAUGACUAGUUUAGUGAGGAGCAUUAAUCCAGCUGUCCUAAUUUGACAUUUCUGUUUUUUUCCCCCGUGUGUGGUUACUGUGCGUUUGUUGUGUCUGCCUUUCCACUGACUCUUAAAAAUGAAAUAUAUUGUUUAAAAUAUUGUUUUGUCGCAUUCUUGUUAGCAGUUGUUGUCCUUGUAUAAAUGGAGAGUAUUUAUUAAAGGUGACAAGCGUGCGUUAAAGUAAACUUCAAAGCUAUGUUGCUUUUAUUUUGAAAUGAUGCUUUGUAUUUUAUAACAUUAACAAGUUGAUGUAACACAGAUGUGCCCCAGACUAAAUAAAGCUCUUUUACUGA